GCCGACGUGCGGCCGCCCUGCUUCCUCGCCCGUCCAGCCUCCCCCUCUCCAAAUCCCCUUCUCCCGCCUCUCCUAUCUUCAUCCCCUCCUCCUCCCAAUCCCUUCAAAGAGAGAAGAAGGCAGGGAGGGAUCCAUCCUAGCUGCAGACCGACAAGCCGACCGACUCAAACCCGCAAGAAACCAGCCACCGGAUAGAAGACUGACAUGGCAAGGCUCAGUGUGGCCUCGCUCGCGCUCCUGGCGGCCGCGGCCGCGGUCACCUGCCUGCCGGCCCCGGCCUCCGCCGGCGAGCUGGCCUCCAUGCUGCUGUCGCGCGCUGCGGCCUGCGACGGAAUCAUCGGGGAGUGCGGCGUGGACGAGGACGAGGAGAUGGGGACGGGGACGGGCGCCGGCGAGGCGCUGCGCAGGUCGCUGGAGCGGAAGCCGACGGCCAGGUACAUCAGCUACGCGGCGCUGCGCGCCGACCAGAUCGUCUGCAACAAGCGCGGGGCGUCCUACUACACCAACUGCGGGUCCAUGCAGCAGAUGAACCCUUACACGCGCGGCUGCUCCGCCAUCACGCACUGCGCGCGCAACAUGAACUGAUUGGUCCUCCGUAUGACUCGUGGAUCUUGCGAACGUACGGCAGUGAUCGAUGCGUACAUACGGAGCGGAGAGAAGGUGUGUGCCGUGCGAGCACCUAAUUGGAUGCGUUCGUGCUGCUAUACAUCAUUGAUCCAACGAAUUUAACGACUCUUAUUAUGUUUGUGUUGAUGAGUAGUGUAGAAUAAGGAUUUGUGCAAGGCAACUGUACUAACCUCAUAGGGUGUCCAUAUAUAUAGCGCAUACAGAGUUUAAUUCCAUCACAA